UGCGCUAGUGGCUAUCAACCUUAUAAAGAUCUUGAUAUCUAUGGUACUGAUUCCAUGAAAAAAUAUAGAGGUCAAACAAUGGGCAGUUUAGAACCCCAUAUAUUUGCUGUUGCAGAACAAGCAUUUAAUAAAAUGGAGAUAGAAAACAAUAACCAGAGUAUCAUAGUUUCUGGUGAAUCUGGUGCAGGAAAAACAGUUUCUGCUAAGUAUGCAAUGAGGUAUUUAGCUUUCAGAAGUAAGUCGAAAACUGAAACUGAAAAUGAGAAGAAAGUUUUGGCUUCUAAUCCCAUCAUGGAGGCUAUUGGAAAUGCCAAAACAACCAUAAAUGAUAAUUCAUCUCGUUUUGGAAAGUAUAUUGAACUUCAUUUUAAUGAUCGGAAUCACAUAACAGGGGUCAGUAUGCAAACAUAUCUACUUGAAAAGUCUCGUGUUGUACACCAAGCCAGUCACGAACGAAAUUAUCAUAUAUUUUAUCAAUUAUAUUCUUCUCGUAAUAUGUUCCCUCAAUUAAAACUAGGUGAUUCAGAUAAAUAUAAUUAUUUGAAUUCCCUACAAAUUAGUGAUAAUGACAGUCAAAGUAUUAAUGAGACA